AUGGCAACCCUUCAACCAUCGUAUAAGCUUUCUAUCGGGUCCCCUGUUCUCCCAAGGUUGGCGGCUGUUGGUAAAUUUGAUGGCAAGAAUCCAGCGUUAGCAUGCGGUACUACGGGACAUCGAGUCGUUAUUUUCAGCCCUCAUACACAUGCUGAAGACAAACGCGUGGAGAGAAGGUUCCUCAACAUCAACAGGCAAUUGAAGUCGAUAACGACCUCCAAACUCAUACCGGACAAUUCCUGUGACAUCUUAUUGGUGGGAUCGCCAUCACAUGUAUUGGCCUAUGAUGUAGAAGAAAACAAGGAUGUUUUCCUCAAGGAAGUUCCCAAUGGUGUAAGCUCUUUGUGCUCAGCAAACAUCAAGAGCGUUGAAGAAAAGCUGUGCUUCAUCGGGGGCAACUGUUCGAUUGAAGGAUACAAUCACGAGGGCGAGGAGAAGUAUUGGACUGUAGCAGGUGACUGGGUCGGAGCCUUGGAGGUGUGUGAUAUCAACGGGGACGGAAAGAACGAGAUCAUCUCAGGAAGUGAUGACAAUGAAAUACGAGUUUUUUUGGAUGAUGGAGAAGUCAUGCUUGAAAGCAAACAGACAGACAAGGUCACCGCGCUGUGCUACAUCUCAGAUCGGAGGUUUGCGUUUGGGUUAGCGAAUGGGACAGUUGGAGUCUACGAAUGGAGCCAGGGAGACAUGACCUUGAAGUGGAGGGUAAAGUCGAAACAUAAGAUUGUUGCGCUAAAUGUCUUCGAUAUCAAUGGGGACGGGGCCCAGGAGGUUAUUAUUGGAUGGGAGAACGGGAAAUUGGAAGCUCGCAAGAGUUCAAACGGAGAGGUGAUUGCCAAAGACAACUUUCAGGACGGAAUCGCCGCAGUGCUCAAAGCUGAUCUUCGCCUGGAUGGGCGAAUGCAGAUCAUUGCAAUCUCAACAGACGGAGAGAUAAGGGGAUACUUGCAGAGUACAGGCGUCGUGCGAACAGAAGAAGCGGUUUUAGAAGAAGAAGAAAGACUUCUCGCCGAGCUGAACCAGACGAAACAAGAGCUGCUCUGCGAAGUUCGCAACUAUGAGGACAACUUCAGACAUCUGCAGACUGGCCGCAUGAAACAAGGCGAGGGGCAGCUGAUAAUGAUUCCUAUUGACACAGACAUCAACUGUGAGUGGCAGGUUGACAAAACGAACAAUCGGCUCUGCCUGCAAGUCUCAACAAACAAUUCUUGCGUAGUUCGAGGAGUGAUCAUACUUGCAGACCAGCUUUUUGAAGGAGAAUCUCACUUCGUUUGUCCGAAAGAGCAAGCUCCCUCUAUCUCAGUUCCCCUCUCCCCGAAGGAGGACAUUGCUGCCGAACUUGCUCUCAAAGUCUUCGUUGGCCUGAGGAACAGCAGCGUGUAUUAUCUCAAGGAGCUCGACUACAAACUUCCUCGAUUCAGCAUGUACGUUCCGCUGACCGCCGACCAAGAAACUCCCAAAGACUCGCCGCAAGGCCACGUCACCUUCAACGGAGGGCCGAACGCCACCAAGAUCGAGAGCUGGCUGGACUCCAGCUUCAACGUUCAGUUUGAGAAGCUCAAGGGCGACAAGUUGACGUUCAGCUUCCGAUCUCUCAGGGACGACUCGCUGCUCAUGAUCUGCGUCAACAAGCAGGAGAUCAAGAUCCGAACGGACAGCAUGCAGCUCGCAGGCAGGACUUGCCGUCUCAGUGCAUCUUGGUCUGACUUGUCGCCCGCAGGAGAUCUCGUGCAGGAUUUCUCUGAGUUUGCAAACCUGGCCGAGUUGGAAUCGACUGCGCACUUCCCCCAGGAGAUGGAGUCGUUCAAGGACAUCGUUCAGGUGGUGGAGAGGCACAACGAGACGAGGCUCUCGCUUGCUGCGGAGUCGGCGGAGCUCAGCGGCAGGGUGAAAGAGCUCGUGGUCCGAGCUGAGGACUGCCGGCUGCUUGGAAACUUCACGGAGAUGAAGAAGAAGUACAGGCAGCUGAUGGACCAGAACAACGAGCUGGUGAUCGAGCACAUGAAGAGAUACAACAACCAACAGGAGCUGCUCGACGGCCUCAAGAAGGUCAACCAGAUGAUCCAGAAGGCUGCAAGGCUUCGCGUAGGGUCGAGCAAGAUGGCAGUGAUAUCUGCAUGCAGGGAGGCUAUCAAGAAGAACCAGCUGCACAUCCUUUCCCAGAUCAUCGAAUCAGGGAAGCAGUAA